AUGGCAACCCUACCCCGACCAUCCAGCACCUACAGCACCAACACCAACGCCUCCCCCACGCGCCGCAAGCAAGCCGAAGAAGAAGCCAUAGAAAUGGUACCUACACGCAGCCCCCCACCACCCGUCGCAACCAUGCUCACCGAAACCAACGCGGUAGAGAGUACCGCGUACAUGUUCUCUUCGCGGAGAAAAUGGUGGAUUCUGACGGUUGUGGGAUUAUGCCAGACGAGCAUGAACUACAACGCAGCGGUGUAUUCAAGUGCGAUUAGGCCGCUUAACGAACACUAUAAUCUCGGUGACAAUCACUUCACCAACGCGAGAGCUGGUAUGGCGUGGUUCCUCAUCUUGUAUGGGUUUGGCUGCGAACUGUGGGCGCCGUGGUCCGAGGAGUUUGGACGGUUUCCCAUUAUGCAGCUUUCGCUGUUUACGGUGAAUAUGUGGCAGGUGUUUGCUGGGGCGAGUGGUGCAUGGCAUCAUGUGUUGAUUGCGCGGUUGCUGGGGGGGCUGUGUUCGGCGGGCGGGUCGGUGACGUUGGGCAUGGUGGCGGAUAUGUUUGAUCCGGAGGAUCAGCAGUUGCCGAUUCUGUGGGUGAGCUUGUGGAGUUGUUUGGGGUCUGUUAUCGGCGGCAUCUGCGGCGGGCCUAUUGAGCAGUACCUCGAUUGGCGGUGGAACUUUUGGAUCCAGCUUAUACUGGGUGUUACUGUGCAGGCUGUGCACUACUGGACUGUUCCCGAAACUAGGUCAACGAUCAUGCUGAAUCGGACGGCGGCGAAGAAACGCAAGUCGGACCCGUAUAGCAACAAAGUCGUUGGACCCACGGAGCACGAGAAGAUUGGCAUUAAGAAGGUGCUCGAGAUCAUGGGCCGUCCGUACAAGAUGCUGGUGUGCGAGCCGAUUGUUGGUUUCCUCUCGUUGCUGAGCGGCUUCAGCGACGCCCUCAUCUUCAGCUUCCUGGAGUCUUACGGCUACGUGUUUGGGCCCGACGGCUGGGGCUUCACACCUACCCAGGCUGGACUUUCCCUCUUCGCGCUCUUCAUCGGGUACUGGUUGGCGGGUGUGAUAUACUACCCUGUCAUCAGACGUCACAACCAGCAACGUAAGUUCGGCUUGGUGCUGGGUCCAGAGAGUCGUCUGUCGGCUUUGCGGUGGAUCGUGCUACUCCUUCCUAUCGGAUUGUUCGGCUCGGCUUUUGUAGUUGGGGGUCCGCCUCUCCCGUGGAUUUUACCUCUCCUGUUCGCCGCCUUGAUCGGUUGCGCGAAUCUCGCUAUUUACUAUGCUACUAUCGACUAUAUGGUUGCUGCUUACGGAGGCACAUAUUCGGCUUCGGCCACGGGUGGAAACGGCUUCGCUCGAGAUGUCCUGGCUGGAAUCUGCUCCUUUUACACUGGUCCCAUGUACAAGAAGCUUGGUGUCAGGAAUUCGACUUGGGUGCUCUUUGUCAUCUCGGUCUUGGUUUGCCUGCCGGUGUUCUUCAUUUACAGAUGGGGUCCUCAGAUUAGAGCUCGCAGCAAGUACGCUGAGCGUAUCCAGAGGGAGCGAGAGGAGAAUGCUGCUAUCAAGCAGGCCAUGAGUGAGCGGAUUCACGCUCUACAGAUGGCUGCUGCCUUGGACUUGAACAGGCAGGAGCGGUAG